GCCGCGGCGCCGCGGGGUCGGUGUUCUCGCUCCCCGGGUCCCGGCGGCGUCCGCGUCGGCGCCGUUGUCGCCUGUUUCAUGAUUUUCUGGCGUUUCUUGGCAAAAAUGGCAAAUAAUGAUGCUGUUUUGAAGAGACUGGAGCAAAAAGGUGCAGAGGCAGAUCAAAUCAUUGAGUAUCUUAAGCAGCAAGUUGCGCUUCUUAAGGAGAAAGCAAUUUUGCAGGCAACUUUGAGAGAAGAGAAGAAACUUCGAGUUGAAAACGCUAAACUGAAGAAAGAAAUUGAAGAACUGAAACAAGAGCUAAUUCAGGCAGAAAUUCAAAAUGGGGUGAAGCAGAUACCGUUCCCAUCUGGUACUCCCCCGCAAGCCAGUUCUGUGGUUUCCGAGACCAUGGUGCAGCCUACACCAAUAACAACCACGUCCUCUGGUGCCAAAGAACAGAUAAAAGGAGGAGCAGGCGAAGAAAAGCAGGCAAAAGAGAAAAUUGAAAAGAAAGGAGAGAAAAAGGAGAAAAAACAGCCGUCAGGAGCAGGAAGUGCCGACUCCAAGCCGAUAGAUGUUUCCCGCCUGGAUCUUCGAAUUGGCUGCGUUCUGUCUGCCAAGAAACACCCGGAUGCAGAUUCUUUGUACGUGGAAGAAGUGGAUGUUGGCGAAGCAGCCCCAAGGACAGUUGUCAGCGGCCUGGUGAACCACGUGCCCCUGGAAGAGAUGCAAAACAGGAUGGUGAUUUUACUUUGCAACCUGAAACCUGCAAGGAUGAGGGGAGUCCUCUCUCAGGCAAUGCUGAUGUGUGCUAGUUCACCAGAGAAAAUUGAAAUAUUGGCUCCUCCUGCUGGAUCUGUUCCUGGAGACAGAGUUACUUUUGAUGCUUUCCCUGGAGAGCCUGACAAGGAGCUGAACCCCAAGAAGAAGGUCUGGGAGCAGAUCCAGCCCGACCUGUACACUAACGAGGACCGUGUGGCCACGUACAAAGGAGCCCCCUUCGAGGUCAAAGGGAAGGGCGUGUGCCGGGCUCAGACCAUGGCCAACAGCGGGAUCAAGUAAAACAAAACGCUUUUGUUACGGAAGUUCAGUGGAGAAGACUUUAAUAACAAUAAAAAGGAUUAUAUUUGUCACCUGUACCUGAAA